AUGGCGAAGACGAACAGUAGCCGAGGUUGUCAUAUUGUUGCCUUGCCGGCCGAUCAGAGGUCAAGGAUGGACGCUGACCCUGCAAAACAAAAAUUCUACCCCAUUCGUCACAAACCUAAGCAUAGCGAUACUGCUGAUCCAAUUGCUCUUCCUUCUCUUCCAUCGCUUGCCGCGUUUCUUCUCCGAAUUGAUGGUAAGCAUGCUGUUGGUCUAUUUAUGGGUCCGAUGAUGCUCGGAGCAAAUCCGUUGUUUUCAGAAUACACUCGUCCUAUGAAACAAUCUCGAGCGUCAGAGACACUAACAGAUUUAGGACUCAUUUACUACAUGUUUCUGGUGGGUUUAGAGAUGGACCUAACCACGAUAAGAAGAAUCAGUAAAAGGGCAUGGGCCAAUGCUUUGGUUGGAAUUCUAUUCCCCUUAGGCUUGGGAGCAGGUAUGUAUUUCCUAGUACUUGGAAAAGAACUCAACGGGCAUGUUUGGGGUGCCUGGUUUUGGUCUAUUGCCCUCACAGUCACAAGCUUCCCGGAUCUUGCUCGGAUCCUUUCAGACCUGAAGCUUCUACGAUCAGAUAUUGGACAAAUGGCCAUAUCCUCAGCUUUCGUCAGUGACCUGGUAUCUUGGAGUUUUCUUGUUGUGACAAUAACAUUGAGUAAUGUAAAUACUCAUCAAGCUUUCAUCCUCCCAACCCUUGCCUUCAUUCUAUUCAGUUGGUUUGUGUUACGUCCGGUUCUUUCGCGGAUUAUUGACAAUAUUUCUUCAAAAGGAGGAAACUACAGCGACCUUUAUAUAUACUCUAUUCUUGCUGGGGUGGUCGUUUGUGGAUUCAUCACAGACGCAUGUGGAUCUCACUCUAUGAUCGGAGCUUUUAUGUUUGGACUCAUUUUACCUGAUGGAGAGCUUGGAAUGAAGAUUAUGGAGAAACUCGAAGACUUUGUGACAGGGAUCAUGCUUCCUGCCUUUUUUGUGCUUACUGGGACUAGAUGCAAUGUGGUAGAUAUGUUUGCCAAUGUUAGUGCUUUCACAGUUCUGGCAAUUCUAGUAUUGGCUUGCUUGGCCAAGAUCAUAAGCGGUUUCUUGGUUGCCAUGUACUAUGGUAUUCCAGCUCUUGAAAGUGUCGCCCUUGGAGUUCUUAUGAAUGCCAAAGGCGUUUUGGCUUUGAUUAUUCUUAAUGUUGGGAGAGACAUGAAGGCUUUGGAUAACCAAGAAUUUGCUAUAAUAGUGAUAGCAAUUUUACUCAUGACGAUUCUUGUAAAACCAAUCCCCCAUUGGACUUGUAAGACUACGAAGCAUUUCAGGCAAUACAAGCGCCGGACAUUAGAAGAAAGCAAGCCUGACGCAGAACUACGAAUCCUAGCAUGCAUUCAUACACGUCGCAACCUAUCAGGAAUACUGAACCUCCUAGAACUGUCUAAUGCAACCAGGAAAUCACCAAUUUGCGUAUUCGCUGCCCGCUUAGUAGAACUAACUGGAAGGGCUAAUGCCAUGCUAAUCGUUCAUGAUGAUGAACCACAAAAUUCUAGUGGCAACAACUGUACCGCUACCACCCGUGGGAGAUCAGAUGCUGACCAAAUCAUCAGCUCCUUGGAGAACUAUGAAAGAAAAAAUCAGUCAAUGACCAUUCUACCACUGACAGUUGUAUCUCCUUACACCAACAUGCACGAGGAUAUCCAUAACCUUGCCGAGGACAAGCGCGUGACUUUCAUCCUAAUUCCAUUUUACAAACAAUCCAGUGCAGAUGGGAUGAACCAAGAUAACCCAUCUAUCAGAAUCGUAAACCAAAAUAUACUAACAAAAGCUCCAUGCUCUGUGGGGAUAUUUAUUGAUCGAGGCCUCAGUUUGAAUGCUUAUAACGAGGGAAGCCGUCAUAGAGAGGAGCUAACUUUUGCCAUGCUCUUUACUGGGGGACGUGACGAUCGAGAGGCCUUAUCUUAUUCCUGCAGGAUGGCAGGGUCUCUGAAUGUGAGUUUAAAAGUGGUGCGAUUUCUUCCAGGUAAAGAAGCACUAGAAAUGAUAGAUAUAGAUGAGGAGCAGAAGUGUGAAAAUCAAAGACUUGUUGAUGAUACGUAUCUGAACGAGUUACGAUUUAUGACAAUGUGCAAUCAAUCCAUAAUUUGGGUGGAAAAGUUGGUGAAUAGUGGGGAUGAGAUUAUCACCGCAACAAAGGCUCUAGUUGAUGAGUAUGAUCUAUAUAUAGUGGGAAGGGGCCAUGAAAUGAUAAAGCCAUUUACUUUGGGGCUAUCGGAGUGGAGUAGUUGUGAAGAGCUUGGGCCACUAGGAGAUGCAUUAUCAACAUCUGACUUCGCACAACAUGCAUCGAUUCUCAUAGUCCAACAAUAUAGUGUUGCCACAAAAAAUAAUGGCAUGCAGCAGUAUCAAGAAGAGCAAGCUGGGCUUGCAACUUGGCGAUCUCCUUUGAGUAGUCGUAACCUUCUGGACUUCAUAAAUCACAGAAACAAGACUGAUGAAGAGGAUGAUUAA